AUGGAUCUUUUAAAAGACGCCACUAAAAACAUUUCAUUAUACGAAGUCAAGGCUUACGUUCGUAAGGCCCAAAAUGUUGCUAUGAAUUUGACUGAAAUGGAAUCGAAGGUUCGUGAAGCAACGAACAAUGAGCCAUGGGGUGCCUCGUCGACGUUGAUGCAACAAAUUGCAGCAGGAACUUAUAAUUAUAGAGAAAGGGAAGAGAUCGUGAGCUUCAUAUUUCGUCGUUUCACCGAAAAGGCCGCCAAUGAAUGGAGGCAAAUAUACAAGUCAUUGCAAUUAUUAGAAUAUUUGAUUAAAAAUGGAUCGGAGAGAAUUAUUGAUGAUGUGAGGUCCAACUUAUCAUUGAUUCAAAUGUUGAAAUCAUUCCAUUAUAUCGAUUCUAAGGGUAGAGACCAGGGGCUUAAUGUUAGAAACAGGUCUAAGACAUUAAUAUCAUUAUUAAAUGACGAUGCAUUAAUCAGGUCUGAACGUAAAAAGGCCAGGAAUAACGCAAAGAAAUUUGGCGGUGUUUCGUCAGGUGCAUUUGGCGGUGCAGCUUCAAUUACAUCCGGAUCUAACGCAGGUUACGACGAUGAUUAUACUAAUAAGGUUUAUGGUGACGGUGGUGUUUAUGGUGAAAGAUACGAAGAUCCGGCAGCGGAAUACAACAGCAAUUCCAAUGAGAAUUUUGAAGAAUAUGACGUUGAAACUUCAAACAGUUCUUCGAAACCAACUACUGGCUCCUCAAAGGUUCAUGCAACUGCAACAUCUUCCAAGUCUAAACCUCAACCACAAGAACCACAGCAAGAUUUAUUACAAGAUUUAGUUACAUUUGACGGACCUAGCUCUUCGGCUAAUGCAAAUUCAGCUCCUGUUCAAGAUGACGAUGAUGACUUUGAUGAUUUCCAAGCUGCCCCAUCGCAACCACAAAAGCAGACCAUUUCCAACAGCUUAUCAAACUUAUACCAACAACAACCACAACAGCAAAGCUUUUUCCAACAACAACAACCACAACAGCAACCAAACGUUAUGCAACAACAACAGCAGUUUAGUAAUAGAGCUCCAAGCUAUAAUAAUAUAAACACAUCGUCGAGUUCUGCACCUACUUCUGGUCCGGCCAAAUCAUCGAAUAAUGAUGCCUUCUCAUCUUUAUUUUCUUCUGCAAAAUCAAAAACUAAGACUUCAAGUCCUUCUAUCAACAGCCCCAAAAAAGAACAAAAUACCUCUGCUGCUACUACUAACAAUGAUGAUUUCUUUGGUGAUUUCAGCUCCAACAACACUUCAACUGCAAACGGAAAUGGUGCGAACGCUAACAACAAUAGUAAUAAUAGUAACAGCAAUGCUGAAGUUGAUUUAUUAAGUUUCUAG